AUGCCCAUUUCGCAAGUGUUCAUCCUUUCUCCUCGUGGUGAGAGAAUUGUCUUUAAGGACUACAAACGAGAUGCCCCUUCCAACACCGAUGAGACUUUCUUUCGCACUUACAAAUUCUGGGAUGGAACCCACAGGAGGCUCAUUCGGCACUCAGCGCCUGAGGGCGACUGCCCUCCAUUCUUCACGGAAAAGGGUGUACACUUUUGCUUCGUCAAGCGUAACGAACUUCUUUUUGUUUGCACAUCGCUGACAAACACGUCGCCGAGUCUGACGCUGGACAUGCUCCUUCGCAUUUUGGAGGUCAUCAGGGACUACUUGGGUUCCAUCUCAGAAAAAGCAGUGCGACAAAACUUCACGUUAGUGUACGAGUUGUUGGAUGAAGUGCUUGACCUCGGCAUACCUCAGGAACUGAGCACGAAACGGCUGCGGCCGUAUAUUUUUAACGACAUCGUUCCUGUAAUGCGGGAUAACUUCAUAUCCAUGGAUUACCUUGUCGAUAGCUUAGGCAUCGGGGAUAUUUUGGAACAGACACGGUGCAGUGAUGCAACAGAAACGUCCGUUAUGAAGGCAUCUGCGGAGCAGAGAAACGAGAUUUAUGUGGAUUUAAUUGAGCGCCUUCAUGCCGUAUUUGACGCUGCUGGACAGGUGGUGGUGGUAGGUGUUGAUGGCUCAAUCGUCAUGAAAAGUUUUCUUGUGGGUACCCCAGUUCUUAACCUGUUCUUGAGCGGUGGAUUUGGCGUUAGGGGGUAUGAGCUUUCUUCUUCCUUACUUGAUUACGUCAACUUCCACGACGAGGCUGACUACAACAAAUUCGAGUCUGAGCGACUGCUCUCAAUCCACCCACCGGAGGGAGAGUUCACGCUCAUGAGUUAUCACUGUAGUAUUUCAGCGACCACGAUGCCGCUCCAUCUCGCACAUUCGCUGGUCGAGUUGUCAGAGCAUCAGUUAGAACUGGAAUUGCGCGUGCGGGCGGCUAUUCCCGCCGGCCGUUACGCCAUAAACGUCACCGUCACUGUUCCUACACCACCGUUCUGUACCGCUGCGGCAGCGGAGCUUAAGGCGGACGUCUCAGGACAAGCAUUUGAGCACAGGAAAGAAGAGUGUUGUGCCGUGUGGAGCAUUGAGAAGCUCUUGGGGACGGCCGAAGAGGUCUGCAGCAUUCGUCUCAGUACGGGUACAGCGGUGAAACCGGAUGUUCACCGCAAAUUAGGCCCCAUCUCGGUGGAGUUUGAGGUCCCGCAGUACAGUCUGACAGGUCUCAGCGUCAAGGCACUGGAUAUCACAGAGCGUAGCGAUGCUUACAACCCGUCACGUUGGAUUAGAAACAUUGUGUUAGCUGAUUCCUACGUAUUCCGAACACAUUGA